AUGUGUUGGAACUAUGGCAUUACGGGAAGCCAUUACCGUGUUACAAUAAAAUAUAUUACAGGUUUGUUAAUUAUCAAAUUUGCUAGUCAAGUCUGGUGCCAUGUAGAGGUGGAAUUGGAAGAUUAUUUUUUCCCUCUAGAACCGGUGAUAAACUUCUGCAAACUAGGAGACGAAUGCCAGCAUGACUUCGUGCCUGUGUGUGCCCAGGACUCGCUCGGCAUCACGCGCAUGUUCAACGAUGUUUGCGACAGCUACGAGUACAACUGCGACGAAAAUAAACAAUACCGUCACGUCCAUAUGAAAAUGUGUAAAUAUGAAUUCGUACCUGCCCCGUAUGAAUGGGGCAAUCUGGGGAAAAAGAAAUAAGGCGUGCAAUGAAUAAAUUUAAUUAGUGCGAAAUAACACUGUAUAAUGACGAAAAAUAAACCAAUAUUAUUAAUCUGA